AUACUUCGGGUGUCGACCGAAGACGAUUACAUAUAUUUACUUGCAGCAGUACGAGAGUAUGUGCCGUCUCUGUCACACAUUUAGAGUAAACCUAGAAAGCAAAAGGAAUCCUAUCGCCUCUCUCACUCCCGCAUGACGGUUCCCCGUCACGUGGUAACCUCAUUACGUGAUUUUGUGUCGUCAAGUUCACACGUUAUUCUUCUGACCGGGACUAGAUUCGUGGUAAAAAUGGGAAAAAGGAAGAGGUCUAGGUCAAAGGAAAGUGAUUAUAAUGAUAUUUUAAGAAAAAUGAAAAAAUUAGAACGCAAGUUAAAGGAAAGACGAGAACGGUCGUUAUCAGUGAGUUCAAAUUCAUCGAGUUUAAACUACCGCGAUGAAAAUUAUGAUUAUGACCGAUAUUACGAUGUUUAUCCAGAUGAAGACGCGUAUGAUCCAGCAAUCAACUUGGAUGACGAAAUUGGCGAUGAGGAGCGCCCCGCACAGUUAGAUCCCCCGCCUCCCCCGGCAGUUCCGGCACCGGCCAGCGGCCAGCCGCCGCCAUCGUUACCGCCGAUCGAGGCCGUGCCAGGCACAUCGUCAUCGGUUAUUUUACCUGAAGGGCAAGAGGCAGAGGCUACGGUAAACUUGGACCCUGUCAUUCUAGAUCUUUUAGGAGAGGACCCUUCUACUAAAAAGAUUUACGGUGCAAGCUUACAUAAAGACAUUGCCCCGAGGUGGGCUCAUAUUCUUACUAAUGGUCUGACGAAAGAAUCUCAAGCGGAUCUAAUAAAACAAUAUCGGUUACCCGAAAACUGCACCAAUUUAUCAUCGCCAAAAUUGAAUCCUGAAAUAAAAGCUGCGCUCUCCGAAUUAAAUAUCAAACAAGAUCAGUAUAGCCAGGGUAAACAAAAUCAAAUUGGAAGCGGUCUCGCAGCUCUAGGACAAGCUUUAAAUUGGGUUGUCACAGCCAAAGAUAUUGUACCUCCAGAUAUUGUUAAAGCCUUAAUUGACGCCGGGAGGCUUAUCUGCGACAACCACUACAGGGAAUCGUUAUCGCGUAGAUAUGCGAUACUGAACACACUUAACAGAAACAUCAGAGAUACUGUUAAAGAUACAAAGAUUGACGAGAAUCUCUUUGGAUCCAAUUUAUCUGACCACUUGAAGUCAUCAAAAGCAAUAACGAAGACUGGCUCUGAAAUGAAGCCAGCGCCCCGCCCACCAUACAGGGCGCCAUCAGCUUUCCAGCCACAAAGAGGAGCUUUAAACUCGAGGGGGAACUCGCGCGCAGCAGCGACCGAGCCACGGACAGCGCCUGCGUCCCGCCGGCCGCCGCCUGCCCCGCAGCCGCGAGAUCGCCGCCAGCCUGCCACGCGGGGCCGUCAUCGCGCUUCCGGAUAUUCGAGACAUCAGAGGAGACAUUAAUGGAACCACAGAACCUGCCAUCCACUUCACGCGGACCUUGUUCUGGUGGCAGCCAAGUUAUCAGGGACUCAUUGAUAAUGCGGGGCGUACCAUUGGAUUCUUUAGAUAUAGUAAUGGCUUCAUUUUCACCGCAAACUUUAAAACAA